UCACAACGGCAAGAUUCUUGUCUGGGUGAGAACCUGCCAGCUUUUUUCGACUUUUAGCUUAGCUAAGGGGAAACUGGGUUUUAGUUUGGCUGAAGUUGAUUUUUCUUUUCACUUGUCAUUUCUCAAUGAUGAUCAGCAAAACCUCAAUUCCCUCAUAUUUUCCAUUCUCAUCCCUUAACGCUCGCUCCCAUACCCAAUUCCACUCACAAAUCCUUUUACCCCUCAAAUCUCCGUCCUUUCUACUCCAUCAAACGACUCAAUUACUCACUAACCCAUUUCCCAAAUGCCAAAACCCCUGCAACCCAUCCCCAUCCUCUACUCAAGAUCAACAAGAACACCAACUCAAAGAUACCCAAGAAGCCAUUUUCCACUUUCUCCAAGACUUUGGAAUAUCCUUCGAGGAUUCUAGUUCCAUUGCUUCAAAUUGCCCUAACUAUGCUAGGAUGCUCAUUGAUAGUGUGAAAGAUUUGGACGACUGGAAUGGAUGGGAAAGUGCUAGCGCUGAUGGGAAGGAAUAUGUUGAUUUGGCCUUUAAGGAAAAGGUUAUUUACAUGGCCAAGGAUAAAGGUGAUAAUGGUAAGGUUGCUUUUCUUGAGAGUCUUGGAUUGAGUUUGUCUUCGGCUAUGAAUGUUGCUCGAUACAUCACCAGCCAGUCGCUUCCCGCUCUCAUUAACAAGGUUGAGCAUAUGAAGGAAAUGUUGUUUUCUGGCAGUGAUGAUAAAAGCCUCAUUGGAAAAAAUGCACGACGUAUGAUGAUGCAUUUAUCUAUACCCAUUGGUGAUGAUUUGCAACAGACAUUGUCCCUGUUCGAAAAGAUUGAAGCACGACGUGGUGGUUUGGACAUGCUUGGUUCCUCUGAUGCCUCUUUUCGAUGCUUAGUUGAAUCAUUUCCACAUAUUCUUUCGUUGCCGUUAGACACACACUUGAAGCCUAUGAUGGAACUUCUUGAAAGUAUUGGAAUCCCCAAGGAACGAAUGCAUGCCAUAUUCUUAUUGUUCCCACCUAUUCUCUUAUGUGAUAGUAAGGACAUUGAAAGAAAAGUUCUGUCUCUUAAGAAGUUUGUUGCAGUAGAUGAAGAUUUUGGAAAAAUAAUACAAAAAUAUCCAUGGAUUCUUUCAACCAGCAUUCAAGAUAACUAUAAGAAGAUUGUUUCUUUGUGUGAUAUGGAGAAGGUAGCAAAAGCGAGCAUUGACAAAGCAAUCAGAAACUGGCCUCACAUUCUGGGUUGUUCGACAAGCAAGCUGAAGUUGAUGUUUGAACAGUUUGGAGUGCUAUGUGUUAAACACAAGAAGUUGGGACAAGUUAUUGCUAAAAGUCCUCAACUACUGCUAAGAAAACCUGAAGAUUUUCUUCAGGUGGUUUCAUUUUUGAAAGAUCUAGGAUUUGAUCAGGAAACUGUGGGCAAGAUACUUGUUCGCUGUCCUGAGAUUUUUGCUAUGAGCAUUGAGAAAACACUACGGGUGAAAGUUGAAUUCCUUACUUCUAUUGGUGUUUCUGAGGACCAUCUGCCUCGCAUUAUUAAAAAAUAUCCAGAGUUUCUUGUGUCCGACAUCAACAAAGCAUUACUUCCUAGGAUGGAGUACUUGAUGGAGGUAGGACUCUCAAAGAGAGAGAUUGUAUUCAUGGUCCGCAGGUUCUCUCCUUUGCUUGGGUACAGCGUCAAUGAGGUUUUGAGACCAAAAUACGAAUUCCUGGUGAAUAUAAUGGAGAAACCAGUGAAAGAGGUAGUGGAUUAUCCAAGGUAUUUUAGUUAUUCACUGGAAAAGAAGAUAAAGCCGAGAUUCUGGGUGCUGAAGGGAAGGAAUGUGGAAUGCAGCUUAAAAGAUAUGCUUGGUAAAAAUGAUGAGGAGUUUGCUACCAAGUUUAUGGAUGCAGGAGGAAUGCUUGUUUCAUCUUCUCCUUCACAACCAUGAAAUGUUGAAGUUGUCAGUAAAUACAAAUACCACAUUUACCAAGGAAAAGAUGCUAACAUAGAUGUGGACGCAUAUAGAAAAAGUUCACUUUGCCUGAUUUGCUAUUCUUUAAUCAAACCAAAUGAAAUGGUUCUGAAAUGCUAAACUAUUGUUAUAAGGUCCAGUGAAGGUUUUUAGUUUGGA